CCUCGAUCUCCAUAUCGUUAUAUAUAUCCUGAGUCCUGAUCUUAUCGAUUCUUCCCCACCCGCAUAGUCAACCAAUUCCUUGUCCAGCUUCAUACCACUUUUAAGAACCCUUGAAAUCCUUCAUUCUCUACAGCCCCAACAAUAUUCACAAUGCAACUCACUAUCAUUGCUUCUUUCUUCGCCCUUGCUCUCAGCGUCACUGCCAUGCCCCAGGGUCCCGGCGGUUCCAGCGUCAACCAGGCCACUGAGCAUCACCCUGGCGGCGAGAAGGCUUGCUGUCUCCCACACUCCGAUAUCCACGCCGAUGGUAUCCUGGCUGACGCUCUUACCCACGGGAUCCUGACUCCUCUUAUUGGUUCUAAGGAGCAAUCCUGCGCCAAGUUCCAGCCCAUCGAGAACCUCAACUUGCUUGGCUUCACUGAGGAGGGUAGCAAUGGAAAAGGGUGCCGUGGUACCCCUGCCGUCUGCCAUACUAUAUAA